UUGAUGGACACAUUAUCUGCAGACACACCUCCUCGCGUGACUCAGGAGUCUAGACAUCUUGGCAUGGAAUGGAUAACUGGUUUUGGGGCGAGUUGUGGAGGUUUAUGGACUAAAUAAAUGAUGUCCAGUGCACUUUUGCCUUCGUUGUACAAAGGUAGUCAACUAAUCAGCAUUGAAUCAGCACUUGGAAAGUGACCGGACUUAAUGAUAGCCUAAGUCCUCAGUUCUUCAUUAGCUCCAUGACCAUCCUUGCUCGGGUGUUUGUUGUGAGACACGGAGAGACGGACUCAAAUCGCAACAGAAUCAUCCAGGGUCAACUGGAUACACAGCUCAAUGCCACUGGUCUUGCACAAGCUGCGGUGACUGCGGAGGCGCUCAAAUCUGUUUCCUUCGACAAAGCUUUCACGAGUGAUCUCCAGCGAGCUUCUGAGACUGCCGAGAGGAUUCUCCAGUACCACACUGGCAUCGAGUUGGUCAAAGACAGUGCGUUACGAGAAAGGUUUAUGGGCGAGAUGCAAGGCAAGAAGGGGCCAAUCGACAUGAAGGACCUGUCCUCGAUAGAGACAGACGAAGCUUUUGUUCAACGUUGCAUCGCUUGGUAUAACCGGGUGAUAAUACCGUACAUCUCCGUCACCAAACCUGACGUCUCAGAGGGCCGAUGUCGGAACAUAAUCGUUCUAUCGCACGGGGCGUUUAUAGCUACGCUCUUUCGCAUCAUGAUCUACAGCAACCAUGCUACGUGUCCCGCAGAGUUGAAGCUUGGAAGCCUUCCUACAUUGGGCAAUACCAGUAUAUCCGUCGUAGAAUACAGGAUAGUUUCGAGAGGGAAGCGUAGAGAGGUGGAAGCUGACAUAUUGAAGUACGGGGAUAUUUCCCACUUGCGUGGACUGCAUGUGAUGGAAGAAAAUGCUGAUGUAGUAGCCGAUCAAUCAUAGCUGCCGAUUGAACACUCGUUUUGCUACCACCGCGCGCGUUGUCAGCGACAAUAACAUCGAGGGAGAAACGAUCGAAAGAGGA